GCCGAUCCGCGCCGUGCGCUCUCUGGCCGCCGCGCGCUCGAAGCGAGGCUGCGGGGCGAGGAGGACCGCGCGGAGCCCGCGGGGCACGGCGCAGAGGUGGCGCGGGACCUCGUUGAUUCCCACGCGCGCAACUCUCGGGGCUUCCACGUAGCGCUUGAGGGACCCAGGUCAAGGGCCACGCCACAGCCCGUGACCUGCGACUAACACCGAGAUUCGUUGUUUCUGUUUUGUCUUGCGCCAUGUCCAAGCUGUGGUCACGGUGCCAGCAGUGCCGCAAGUGCGAGUGGAACCAUCUCAUCGUCAAGAACGGCAGCUGCUGCUCAGGUUGCGGCGCCCCCGUCACUCUCUACAAGCGCCAGUCGCCUGCUGGGCGCCAUGUACAUGUGGAGGACGAGACACGAGGUGAUGAAGGUAAGCCUGGGGGGAAAGGGGACGGGUGCCAGCAGGACGGCCGCCGUCCACGCAGUCACCCCAAGAAAGGUAGACGACAUGGGACCCAAGGAGCGGCGAGUGACACGUCAGCCAUCCACCUCCUUGAGCAGGCAGCGCAAGCGACGGCAGACGCCGCCCUGCAGGCUGCCCUUAUGGCCCAGAUCGAGCAGAUCAGAUCCAAGGCCGAGGCGGACUCCGAGGCGUCGGUCUCGCAAGCGGAGGCGCCCCGCAGGGCUGACGGAGCCUGGAAGACCGCGGAGCACCACCACAACCAGUGCGUGGAGAACCCACGCUGCCUCCUCCUCCCGGCUCUCCGCAACAGAGGCACCUCUGGCUGCAGGCCGUGGCGGGAGGCCUCGCGGCGCCCGGUCGGCCCGCAGCGGCUCGCGGGCUGCGCGCCGAGGAGGGUCACGCGAGGCUCAGCUCCAGUUCCUGCAGCAGGCUGUCGACGUCGUGCGCGUGGUCCUUGCCGUGCGGCGCUCCCGGAGCGCGCGGUCCGUCGUCGGCUGCCGGGGCGGCGCCCUCGGCGUGGCCGCGCGGCUCCU